GGAUGGGCCCCCCCGCCGCCGCCGCCGCCGCCGGAGCCAUCGCCUCCCGGCCGCCGCCGCGCUCGCCCUGAAGCCCGGGCCCCCGCGCGCAGCGGCUGGCCCCUCAGCCUCGCGCCCUGCCCGCACCCGCCGGCCCUAAAGCUGUCAUGAUGCAGCCGCCCGCGCCCUCCCGCCUGGGGCUGCUCCUGCUGCUGCUCCUGUGUCCGGCGCACGUCGGCGGACUGUGGUGGGCCGUGGGCAGCCCUUUGGUCAUGGACCCUACCAGCAUCUGCAGGAAGGCCCGGCGGCUCGCAGGGCGGCAGGCUGAGUUGUGCCAGGCCGAGCCAGAAGUGGUGGCCGAGCUAGCGCGGGGCGCCCGGCUGGGGGUUCGGGAAUGCCAGUUCCAGUUCCGCUUCCGACGCUGGAACUGCUCCAGCCAUAGCAAGGCCUUCGGGCGCAUCCUGCAACAGGACAUCCGGGAGACCGCCUUCGUGUUCGCUAUAACGGCGGCAGGCGCCAGCCAUGCGGUCACGCAGGCCUGCUCCAUGGGCGAGCUGCUGCAGUGCGGCUGCCAGGCGCCCCGAGGCCGGGCCCCACCCCGGCCCCCCGGCCUGCCAGGCACCCCUGGGCCCCCCGGCCCCGCGGGGUCCCCCGACGGCAGCGCCGCCUGGGAGUGGGGGGGCUGCGGCGACGACGUGGACUUCGGGGACGAGAAGUCGAGGCUCUUCAUGGACGCGCAGCACAAACGGGGACGUGGAGACAUCCGUAUGUUGGUGCAACUUCAUAACAAUGAGGCGGGCCGGCUGGCCGUGCGGAGCCACACGCGGACCGAAUGCAAGUGCCACGGACUGUCCGGCUCGUGCGCGCUGCGCACCUGCUGGCAGAAGCUGCCCCCGUUCCGCGAGGUGGGCGCGCGGUUGCUCGAGCGCUUCCACGGCGCCUCGCGUGUCAUGGGCACCAACGAUGGCAAGGCUCUGCUGCCCGCCGUCCGCACGCUCAAGCCGCCGGGCCGCGCUGACCUGCUCUAUGCCGCUGACUCGCCCGACUUCUGCGCCCCCAACCGGCGCACGGGUUCGCCGGGCACCCGCGGCCGCGCCUGCAACAGCAGCGCCCCGGACCUCAGCGGCUGCGACCUGCUGUGCUGCGGCCGCGGGCACCGCCAGGAGAGCGUGCUUCUCGAGGAGAACUGCCUGUGCCGCUUUCACUGGUGCUGCGUGGUGCAGUGCCACCGCUGCCGCGUGCGCAAGGAGCUCAGCCUUUGCCUUUGACCCGCCGCGGCACUCGGAACUGCGCGCGGAGCCGCCUCUCGGCACCUGCGGGACCUCUGGGCGCCAGCAGAGGGCGCUGCCUCGGCCCGGCUUCCCCCUGAGAAAGUCCAUCUUGCAGGCCUCUGGAAACUGCGAGGCGGUGGGACUUGAGACUUAUGCCGGUUCAUCAAGGCCCAGGGCACUGAGGGAGCCACCCGACAGGGGCUCCCGGGGACUUCAUGAGGAGACCAUAUAGAGCCUCUCUCUCCUCGGCCCCCAGACGGAAACCAAAGAGCCAUUUUCUAGGCCUCUGAAUGUGGGGCUCCUCAGAACUACUGGCCAUGGGGUGGGUGGGUGAGUUUUGUAUCAAUAAAGAUAUUUAAACCAAUGGGAUAUAUCAAUAAAGAUAUUUAAACCUA